CUGAGAGGUUCCAGGGCCUCCUUCAGCAAACGGGGGGUGCAGAAGGAGACAGCAGCUUGGAAACAAGCCCCAGGGGUUGGGACAAGCUGAGCACGUCCACCCCCCCAGCACUGGUCUCAAGCAGGGUGGAGAAUAACAGCCUGUGUUGUGUCCCUGUUGCCCAGGGUCUCCCUUGACUGAAUUAAAUGGCCUGUCCUCCAGCUGUAGGGCCAGGAAGGCCUGGGUGUUGCUGGAGAGAGCCUGAGUCCCGGCGUGUAUAAACUCCCUUCCUCUCCACUCCCCAACCGCACCCCUCAGGUUUCUUUUGGGACAGGAAGCCCCUGCCUAGGGUAAGGGAGUGGUGAUGGUCCGUUAGGACCUGCGCCUGAGAAGCAGGCCUCUCCCAGGUAGACGAAAUUUUAUUCAAAUACAGACUGGUGUCUGAGCUCGUUCUGGGGAAUCCAUGGAGUGGGGAGGACCUGGGCCAGGCUCUGCCUUACUCUCUGGGGUACCAGGCUGCUGCUAGGACUCCCCACCUGCCACUGGACCCCCAGGCUCAGAGGCCCAGCUUCUGCCCGCAGGCUCACCCUGUGCCCUGGCACCAACCCCACCCCCCCUCUACCUCCCCCACCCUCCUGUGUCCCUGUCCCAGGCCCUGGGGAGUGCUGGCCCAGGCUGCCCUCCUCCGGCCAUUCUUCCCCUGCCCCUCCUCCCUUCCGUUUCCGUGGCCUUGCGGGCAGGAGACAGUGGGCAGGGGGGCCGGCAGGCUGGAGGCUCCUGCCCGCCCCUUCCCCUCCACUGGCCCGCCCCAGGGCCUGGGCCAACUGAAACCACCGGAGGAGGAAGCAUCGAAUCAGGAACUGGCCGGUUGGCUGGGCCUGACUCGGUCCUAGGUGGCCCCCGGAGCAGCUGCCCCAGCAGUAACUCCUGCCAGAGGCCCAGGAGGCGGUGGGCAGUGGCCAGGCAGGCGGACACCAGACCAGGACUGCGCUAUGGGCUUCUCUUCGGAGCUGUGCAGCCCCCAGGGCCACGGGGCAGUGCAGCAAAUGCAGGAGGCCGAGCUCCGGCUGCUGGAGGGCAUGAGGAAGUGGAUGGCCCAGCGGGUCAAGAGUGACCGGGAAUACGCAGGGCUGCUGCACCACAUGUCCCUACAGGACAGUGGGAGCCAGAGCCGGGGCGGCCCCGACAGCCCCAUCAGCCAGUCCUGGGCAGAGAUCACCAGCCAGACGGAGGGCCUGAGCCGGUUGCUGAGGCAGCAUGCGGAAGAUCUGAACUCGGGGCCCCUGAGCAAGCUGAGCCUGCUGAUCCGGGAGCGGCAGCAACUGCGCAAGACCUACAGCGAGCAGUGGCAACAGCUGCAGCAAGAGCUCACCAAGACCCACAGCCAGGACAUUGAGAAGCUGAAGAGCCAGUACCGAUCCCUGGCACGGGACAGUGCCCAGGCCAGGCGCAAAUACCAGGAGGCCAGCAAAGACAAGGACCGCGACAAGGCGAAGGACAAGUACGUACGCAGCCUGUGGAAGCUCUUUGCUCACCAUAACCGCUACGUGCUCAGUGUGCGGGCCGCACAACUGCACCACCAGCACCACCACCAGCUUAUGCUGCCGGGCCUGCUCCAGUCGCUGCAGGACCUGCACCAGGAGAUGGCAUACAUCCUGAAGGAGAUCCUGCGGGAAUACCUGGAGAUUAGCAGCCUGGUGCAGGACGAGGUGGUGGCCAUUCACCGGGAGAUGGCUGCAGCCGCCGCUCGCAUCCAACCCGAAGCCGAGUACCAGGGCUUCCUGCAGCAGUAUGGGUCCACUCCUGAUGUCCCACCCUGCGUCACCUUUGACGAGUCACUGCUUGAGGAGGGUGAACCCCUGGAACCCGGGGAGCUGCAGUUGAACGAGCUGACGGUGGAGAGCGUGCAGCACACGCUGACCUCAGUGACAGAUGAACUGGCUGCGGUCACCGCAGUGGUGUUCAGCCGGCAGGAGGUGGUCACCCAGCUGCAGCGCGAGCUGCGGAAUGAGGAACAGAACAUCCACCCCCGGCAGCGGGUUUACCUGCUGGGCAAGAGGCAGGUAUUGCAGGAGGAGCUCCAGGGGCUGCAGGUGGCACUGUGCAGCCAGGCCAAGCUGGAGGCCCAGCAGGAUCUUUUGCAGGCCAAGCUGGAGCAGCUGGGCCCCGGGGAUCCCCCGCCUGUGCCGCUCCUACAGGACGACCGCCACUCUACCUCCUCCUCGGAGCAGGAGCGGGAAGGGGUACGGACGCCUACCCUGGAGCUCCUGAAGAGCCACAUCUCAGGAAUCUUUCGCCCCAAGUUUUCGCUGCCCCCACCGCUGCAGCUCGUGCCAGAGGUGCAGAAGCCACUGCAUGAGCAGCUGUGGUACCACGGAGCCAUCCCACGGACAGAAGUGGCUGAGCUGCUGACGCAAUCCGGGGACUUCCUGGUGCGGGAGAGCCAGGGCAAGCAGGAGUAUGUGCUGUCUGUGAUGUGGGAUGGCCAGCCCCGGCACUUCAUCAUCCAGUCUGCUGACAACCUGUACCGACUGGAAGGUGAUGGUUUUCCCAGCGUCCCCUUGCUCAUUGACCACCUGCUGCAGUCCCAGCAGCCCCUCACCAAGAAGAGCGGUAUUGUCCUGAACAGAGCUGUGCCCAAGGACAAGUGGGCCCUGAACCACGAAGACCUGGUGUUGGGUGAGCAGAUUGGGCGGGGGAACUUUGGAGAAGUGUUCAGUGGACGCCUGCGAGCUGACAACACCCUGGUGGCCGUGAAAUCGUGCAGAGAGACACUCCCUCCUGACCUCAAGGCCAAGUUUCUGCAGGAAGCGAGGAUCCUGAAGCAGUACAGCCAUCCCAACAUCGUGCGUCUGAUUGGUGUCUGCACCCAGAAGCAACCUAUCUACAUCGUCAUGGAGCUCGUGCAGGGGGGCGACUUCCUGACCUUCCUGCGGACAGAGGGCGCCCGCCUACGGAUGAAGACUCUGCUGCAGAUGGUAGGGGAUGCGGCUGCAGGCAUGGAGUACUUGGAGAGCAAGUGCUGCAUCCACCGGGACCUUGCUGCUCGGAACUGCCUGGUCACAGAGAAGAAUGUCUUGAAGAUCAGUGACUUUGGGAUGUCGCGGGAGGAAGAGGAUGGGAUCUAUGCCGCCUCAGGGGGCCUCAGACAAGUCCCCGUGAAGUGGACUGCACCCGAGGCUCUGAACUACGGCCGCUAUUCGUCCGAGAGCGAUGUGUGGAGCUUUGGCAUCUUGCUCUGGGAGGCCUUCAGCCUGGGGGCCUCCCCCUACCCCAACCUCAGCAAUCAGCAGACUCGGGAGUUCGUAGAAAAAGGGGGCCGCCUGCCCUGCCCCGAGCUGUGCCCUGACGCUGUGUUCAGGCUCAUGGAGCAGUGCUGGGCCUACGAGCCCAGUCAGCGACCCAGCUUCAGCACCAUCUACCAGGAGCUGCAGACCAUCCGAAAGCGGCAUCGGUGAGGCUCGGCCCGCUUCUCAAGCCAGUGGCUUCUGUUGGCAAGAUUAUACCUCCUCCCCAGCUCCAGCUCACACCGUGGGACAGCCCUUCCCAGUCCUGGACUCUGGCCGCCGGCAUCCAUGCUGCCAGGGGGGAUGCAGCUCCAUGUCUGCUGUGCGUCCCCAUUCCUGCCAGGGCCUCCUCUUCCGGGCAGAAGUAAUAAAACUACUUGUGGCCGUCAA